UGACGGGAGGAGGGAGAGCCGCACGGACGGAGAUCCAUCCGGACCCGGAGGUGCAGCCUUGAAACCCCGACUCCUCCUCCCUCUCCGGCGGGGAGACCUGGAGGAUCCGGGGCAGGAUCCGGGGAGAGGAGGAUCUAAGGAGGAUCUAAGGAGGAUCUAAGGAGGAUCUAUAAGGAGGAUCUAUAAGGAGGAUCUAAGGAGAUUCUAAGGAGGAUCUAAGGAGGAUCCAGGAAGAUCCAGGGGAUCCGGGAGGAUUUAGGAGGAGAAGGAUCUGAGAGGAUCCAGGAAGAUCCAGAGAAGAAUCUAGGAUUUGAGAGGAUCCAGGAGGAUCUAGGAUCCAGGAGGGUUCAGGAGGAUCCAGGAGGAGGAUCUAGGGAGGAUUUGAGAGGAUCCGGGGAGAUCUAAGAGGAUCCAGGAGGAUUCUGACCAGCACUGAUCCAGCUAAACCUCCUAUGUGAUUUUUGCGCUUUUGCGCUUUUGCGCUUUUGCGUGAUUUUUGUGUUUCUCAUAAGUCGCUUUGGAUAAAAGCGUCUGCUAAAUGACAGUAGUGGUUUAGUAUUCAGAGGGGAUCCGGGGAAGAUCCAGGAGGAUUGGGGAGGAUCCAGAGGGGAUUCUGAGGGGAUCUGGGCAGGAUCUGGGAGGAUCUGGGGAAGAUCCGGCUCCAGCUGGGUCCCGCUAGUCCGAGGAGUUCCCGGCCGGGGAAGACGCGAGGCUGCUGGGGCCGAAGAGGAGGAGAGGAGGGGGGCCGGAGCUCCAGCAUCUACAGACCCCCAACCCCGGAAUACAAGUCCAGGUGGCGGCGGUUGAAGGAAAGCACAGCCCCGUGCUGGAUCCCGGAGGGAGUGUAGGUGCGGUUAGGAGCCUUGAGAAGCAGGAGGGUGCAUGGAGGGUACCAGGCCCGCGUCACCCGGGUCGUCGGCCUGCCUGUGGCUGGGGCUGGUGUCCGUGGCGCUAGCCGUCCUCAGCUCCGAGGCCCGGACCACGCCGAGCCCGCCGCUCAGCCCCGCCAAUGCCACCUGCCGGGGGAAUUCCAAGUGCCAGACGGGGAUCAUCCUCCCCAUCUGGUACCCCGAAGACCCGUCCAUGGGGGACAAGAUCGCCCGGGUCAUCGUCUACUUCGUGGCCAUGAUCUACAUGUUCCUCGGGGUGUCCAUCAUCGCCGACCGCUUCAUGGCGGCCAUCGAGGUCAUCACCUCCCAGGAGAAGGAGAUCGUCAUCAAGCGGCCCAACGGGGAGACGACCACCGCCACCAUCCGGGUGUGGAACGAAACCGUGUCCAACCUCACGCUCAUGGCCCUGGGCUCGUCCGCCCCGGAGAUCAUGCUCUCCGUCAUCGAGGUCUGCGGACACGAGUUCAAGUCCGGGGAGCUGGGACCCUCCACCAUCGUCGGCAGCGCCGCCUUCAACAUGUUCGUGAUCAUCGGCCUGUGCGUGUCCGUCAUCCCCGAGGGGGAGGUGCGCAAGGUCAAGCACCUGCGGGUGUUCUUCGUCACCGCCGGGUGGAGCAUCUUCGCCUACAUCUGGCUCUACAUGAUCCUGGCGGUGUUUUCGCCCAACGUGGUCCAGGUCUGGGAGGGCCUGGUCACGCUGGCCUUCUUCCCCAUCUGCGUCAUCCUUGCCUGGGUGGCGGACCGGCGGCUGCUCUUCUACCGGUUCAUGCACAAGAAGUACCGCGUGGACAAACACCGGGGAGUCGUCAUGGAGACGGAGACGGACCGCUCCAAGGGCAUCGAGAUGGACGGCAAGAUGGUCAACUCCCACUUCAUGGACGGCGGCGCGGCCAGCAACCUGAUGGGCCUGGUGGAGAACCGGGAGGUGGACGAGUCCCGGCGGGACAUGAUCCGCAUCCUGAAGGACCUGAAGCAGAAGCACCCGGAGAAGGAGCUGGACCAGCUGGUGGAGAUGGCCAACUACCACGCGCUGUCGCACCAGCAGAAGAGCCGCGCCUUCUACCGCAUCCAGGCCACGCGCAUGAUGACGGGCGCCGGCAACAUCCUGAAGAAGCACGUGGCGGAGCAGGCCAAGCGCAGCGCCAGCGUGCCGGAGGUGCAGGUGGACGAGCCCGAGGAGUACGUGUCGCGCGUCGCCUUCGAGCCCGCCGCCUAUCAGUGCCUGGAGAACUGCGGCGCCGUUGUCCUGACCGUCGCCCGCAAGGGCGGCGACCUCAACAAGACCGUCUACGUGGACUACAAGACGGAGGACGGCUCGGCCAACGCCGGCGCCGACUACGAGUUCACGGAGGGCUCGGUGAUGUUCAAGCCGGGCGAGACGUUCCGCGAGCUCAGCGUCGGCAUCAUCGACGACGACAUCUUCGAGGAGGACGAGCACUUCUUCGUACGGCUCAGCAACCUGCGCGUCCUGGAGACGGAGGACGAGGUGCUGUCGCCCAACAGCCUGCCCUACCCCAAGGCCGCGCUGGGGUUCCCCGCCGUCGCCACGGUGACCAUCCUGGACGACGACCACUCGGGCAUCUUCACCUUCGAGAGCGGCUCGGCCCACGUCAGCGAGAGCAUCGGCGUCAUGGAGGUGAAGGUGCUGAGGACGUCCGGCGCCAGGGGCACGGUGGUGGUGCCGUACCGCACCCUGGACGGACUCGCCAAGGGCGGCGGCGAGGACUACGAGGACACCUACGGCGAGCUGGAGUUCAAGAACGACGAGACCUGCAAAUUCAUUCACGUGAAAGUUAUUGACGAUGAGGAGUACGAGAAGAACAAGAACUUCUUCCUGGAGCUGGCCGAGCCGCGGAUGGUGGACAUGAGCCUGCAGAAAGCCCUGUUGUUAGCCGGCGACGUACCUGACAGGAAGCUGUCAUGCGACGAGGAGGAAGCCAGGCGCAUCGCGGAGAUGGGGAAGCCGGUCCUGGGGGAGCACUCCAAGCUGGAAGUCAUCAUCGAGGAGUCGUACGAGUUCAAGAGCACCGUGGACAAGCUGAUCAAGAAGACCAACCUGGCGCUGGUGGUGGGGACCAACUCCUGGAGGGAGCAGUUCAUGGAGGCCAUCACCGUCAGCGCAGACGAGGACGAGGACGAAACGGGGGAGGAGCGUCUCCCGUCCUGCUUCGACUACGUCAUGCACUUCCUCACCGUCUUCUGGAAGGUGCUGUUCGCCUGCGUCCCCCCCACCGACUACCUGAACGGCUGGGCCUGCUUCGUGGUGUCCAUCGCCAUCAUCGGCCUGCUGACCGCCGUCAUCGGCGACCUGGCGUCCCACUUCGGCUGCACCAUCGGCCUCAAGGACUCAGUGACCGCCGUGGUGUUCGUGGCCCUCGGCACGUCGGUGCCAGACACCUUUGCCAGCAAGGUGGCGGCCGUGCAGGACACGUACGCCGACGCCUCCAUCGGCAACGUGACGGGCAGCAACGCCGUCAACGUGUUCCUGGGCAUCGGCGUGGCCUGGUCGGUGGCCGCCAUCCACUGGCACAUGAAGGGCAAGCCGUUCGUGGUGGAGGCCGGCUCGCUGGCCUUCUCCGUCACGCUCUUCACCAUCUUCGCCUUCCUGGCCGUGUCGGUGCUGCUGUACCGGCGGCAGGCCCACAUCGGCGGGGAGCUGGGGGGGCCCCGGGGCCACAGACUGGCCACCUCCGCCUUCCUCUUCAGCCUCUGGUUCCUCUACAUCCUGUUCUCCAGCCUGGAGGCCUACUGUCACAUAGAGGGCUUCUGAGCCGCCGCCCCGUCGCCACGGGGACGCCGCCCCGUCGCCACGGAGACGCACCGGAGAAGAGUUCUCACCGUGGAAUCUGGACCGGUCUUGAAAGCUUGGAAACAACAGAGGAGGCGGUUCUGGGGAUUCCCCCCCCCACCCCCAACCCCUUCUGUAAGGAUGCUCGGCCAGACCGGGGGGGCCGUGGUGCCCCCCCCCCCAGGGUCCUCAGGCCCGGCUACAGCUGGGAUUGGGUUACCAACGAGUCCAAAGGAUGCCGACGCCACCAGAGGUCUAUAUUUUUCUCAACAUCAGACGAGAAACGACUUUUUCAACAAAAAAAAAAGUAUUUUGGGGAUAAAAACGCGGAAAAAAUAAAUGAAACCAAAAAAAAAACACUCUUAAGAGGAAUCAAAGAACUAUUUUCUGAUCUAAUAACAAAAGAUUAUAAUGAAAAUGGAAAUAUGUGGUAGAAAAGGAUGGGAUGGGGGGGGGGGCGGUUCAUAGUAUUUAUUUUUUAUUUGCAUAGUUUCUUAAGGAGCACUGCAGAGGAAUCAGAAAUCACGCGAUGAAGACGAGGAGGAGGAGGAGCGAAGACGACGGCGUGGACUCAAACUGCCCUGGACAUUACUUACUUACUCUUAACGUAUCUAUAUAUAAUAUAUUUCCAUAUUUUCUGUAUAUUUUGAAUAUUUGUUUAAAUGUGGUCACGUUCUGCUCUAACGGAGGAUUGCUGUGGCU